UAGCAGAUAAGAUGCGUUGGGUGGGUAGCUUCUUUCUCUUUUUGGAAACACUCAUUUGCACUAUAGCAUUAGAUGUGCCAGAUGAGGGGGAAAUUCCUUUUGUAUAUAUAAAUAUAUAAAAUAAAGCAUUGCAAAUGGCAAGCCUAGAAGAAGACCAUUCAUACUCUGGAAAUCCACAGCAGCCAGCAGCAACCGCUGAGGAGUAUGCAGUCCCAGAAGUGGUCAUCACUCGCCGUUUGAGAGACCGAGAGCUUCUCAGAAAAAGGAGAGCGGAAGCAGAGGAAAAAGACACUCACCAGUGGGUUCUGGGGGAUCAGCAAAAGAGCAAAAGGGCUCGGAAAGGGAGAGGGGCCGGGAGAGGCCGAGGGCGACGCCAGGCUGAAGAACCACAGCCAGAGACACAAUCAGAGAUACCACUGGAGGUGGCAGAAGAAAGAGAGCCAGAGGCACAGGCAACUCAAGUGGAAGAGAAAGCUGAAGUUACUCUGGUUUUCCCAGCAGAGACGUCCAUCCCUCUUGUGGAAGCUGAAGAGCCCUACACUCCACAGCAGGAGGCAGCUGAGCAGGCAACCCCUGCCAGUGAACCCUUUUUCUCACCAGGACUUGAAGGGAUCCCAAGCUCAGAAGAACCAGAAAUUCCCAAGGCCCUGGAAAAUGACCAUUUGGAACAAGAGUUUUAUGGCUCCUUUUAAUUUAAAACCUGGAGUGCAGACCGCUGUGGUUGCUGCUUAGCAUGAAAACACUGUUAGAAUGUAGUUCUUGUGUGUUGUUCUUGUGUGAAUAAUAAAAGCCAACAACCUCUGGA